AUGAUUGAAAAAUAUCUGAAGAAUAAUUUCAAAGAUGACUCGGGGACAAUCAGAGAGGUUUUUCAAGCGUUUGACAAGAAUGGUGAUGGUUAUAUAGACCAUAAAGAGUUUGAGACAUUAUUACAUGAUGUCUUUACACAUGCCAAAUAUAAUGGCACUCAAUCUUCAAUGUCCAAUAACCUGGUUGAUUCCUUACUGAAAGUCUUUGAUGAAGAUAAGGAUGGAAAAAUUAAUUUUGGAGAAUUUUCAAAAUUAUGGAAAUAUUGGUUGAAACAGAUAUUAAAGCCAGUGACAGCUCUGAUAAUAGUGGAUGUCCAGAAUGAUUUUAUCAAUGGCAGUCUGGCUCUGAAACAUUGUCCUGCAGGCCAGGAUGGUGACUGUGUUAUUUCACCUAUUAAUAACAUGUUAACAGAGGUUCCCUUCGAUGUAGUGAUAUAUUCUAUUGACUGGCAUCCUUCAAAUCAUAUUUCUUUCCAUGAUAACAGGACAUUACGACCUUUUCACCUUGAAUCUCAGGAAUGUAAAGAAGAUGUAGACCUGUUUGAUACAGUGAUAUUUGAUGGUCCACCACAAACGAAACAAGUGUUAUGGCCCCGACAUUGUGUCCAAGAAUCUCAUGGUGCUCAGCUUCAUCCUGAUUUAAAGAUAUUAGAGAAAGGAUAUCAGGUAUAUAAAGGAACUAAUCCAGAAAUAGAUAGUUAUUCAGCUUUCUGGGACAAUAACAAGCUUUCACAGACUGAACUGUGUGAUAUACUGGUAAAACAUAGUGUCACUGAUGUCUAUGUUUGUGGUUUGGCUUAUGAUAUUUGUGUAGGUUAUACAGCAACACAUUCUACAGAGCAUGGUUUUAGAACUACUCUAAUAGACAAUGCCAGUAAAGGUGUUUCAAUGGAUGGUAUCAAUCAGAUGAAACAAAGUUUAAUUAAGAAAGGUGUAGUUAUAGCAGACUCUUAUCAAGUAAAAGAUAUGGUACUUGGAACAGAUCGAGCUUUACAUCAUGGGAUUAAAGCUGCAGCUAAUUUCUACCUAGCUAGAAAAAUGUAUGAAGCGAAACUACUUAAUUCUUAG